AUGAUGCAAGGUGAAGUACAAUUGCAGCCACCGGAAUCGCAGAAGUUGAGCGAUUCCGCCCCCUUAUUGGGAAAUUCUCCGUCUUCUUCUUUUUCUUCUUCUUCGGCGUCUCCUCCUGCGACUGUGGUGGCAGGAAGUUCCGAUGAGAUAAAUGCUGAAGAUUUGGAGAGUGGUUCUGCUUCAGCUUGCUGUCGUAUUUGCCUUGAGAACGAUAGCGAUUUGUUAGGCGAUGAAUUGAUAUCACCGUGUAUGUGCAAAGGCACUCAGCAAUUCGUGCAUCGAUCAUGUCUCGAUCACUGGCGAUCCGUCAAGGAAGGCUUUGCUUUCUCUCACUGCACCACCUGCAAAGCACAGUUUCACCUCCGCGUCGAGCCCUUUGAAGAUAACAACUCUUGGCGUCGGAAAGCCAAAUUCAGACUCUUUGUCGCGAGGGAUGUGCUUUUGGUAUUCUUCGCCGUGCAGACUGUUAUAGCUUCGAUGGCCGGAUUUGCAUACAUGAUGGACAAGGACGGAGAGUUUCGCAACUCUUUCAACGAUGAUUGGGAUCGUAUAUUGUCGAAGCAUCCCAUCCCGUUUUACUACUGCAUCGGGGUUGUAACCUUCUUUGUGCUGAUUGGGUUUCUUGGCCUCAUUCUACACUGUUCUUCUCUCAACGGUAAUGACCCGAGGAUGGCUGGGUGCCAGAACUGCUGUUACGGUUGGGGCAUCUUGGAUUGUUUCCCUGCAUCAAUGGAAGCUUGUUUCGCUCUUGUUGUUGUCUUUGUCGUCAUCUUCGCCAUUCUUGGUUUGGCUUAUGGGUUUCUUGCUGCAACUAUGGCCAUCCAGAGGAUAUGGCAGAGACAUUACCAUAUUCUCACAAAGCGAGAGCUCACGAAAGAGUACAUUGUGGAGGAUCUUCACGGAUGUUACACUCCCCCGAAGCUGGAUGCAGAGCAUGAAGGAAGACUGAAAAUGCUGAAACUUAUGUGA